UCUGUGCCCUCGGCAGGUUCCGCGGCGUUCCUGGGGCUGUACCUCGUGUUCGGCUAUGGCGCUUCCCUGCUCUGCAACCUCAUCGGCUUCGCCUACCCCGCGUACGUCUCCAUCAAAGCCAUCGAGAGCUCCAACAAGGAGGAUGACACCACGUGGCUGACGUACUGGGUGGUGUAUGGCGUCUUCAGCAUAGCCGAGUUCUUCUCCGACAUCUUCCUCUACUGGUUCCCCUUCUACUACGCUGGGAAGUGCCUGUUCCUGCUGUGGUGCAUGGCCCCCGUGUCCUGGAACGGGUCACAGGUGCUCUACCAGAAGGUCAUCCGGCCCUGCUUCCUCAGGCACCACGAGGCCGUGGACAGUGUGCUGGGCAGCCUCAGCAGCAAAGCCCUGGACGCGGCUUCUACUGUCACCCGAGAAG